AAUGGGCGUGUCUGCUCAACUAUAGCAAUUUAUGUAGAGUACACAUGUAGAGCAUCUAGGAGUACCUAUCGCUAGUUCAAGCACUACAAACACAGAUCAAGCCAACCAGAGACAACUCGAGGACUAAGCAAAGUCUGGAGGUCAUUGUUUGAUAAUUUACAGAGUUCAUUGGAUGAUGGAAGCAACUCCACCUUCCACAAAGAAAAGAAAAACUGUUCCAGCACCAACCACCUCUCAACCUCUUGUAACUAACUUUUUCAAGCCGACUAGACAGGACGAACCUAGAUCUACUGGGAACACUGAGGAAGACGUUAGUGACGACAACGCUCGUGUUAGACCGGAUAGCCCUGAGCUCUUCUCCAGCCCAUCUCCUGUAGGCAUGGCUACUGCCUCCAGUCUGUCAGUGCACUCAUCAUCGCGUGGUACCUCUAGUACUCGAUCCCUCACUUCCAGUCUCAGUGACAAGGCUCCUCCGUGGAGUGGCUCUCCCCUCAAUGAGCUCUGCUUUGGUCCAUGCUCAUACCCCAUUCUACCCCCACUGGUACCCUCUCCUCAUCACUCUAUUCUGUUCAGACCUCGGCUGACACCUGGCUCCCUCCCUCAACCUUAUCCUGAUAGGUUCCGUGAUGUGUGGGACCAGUACCAUGUUCGUAUGCCUUGUUCCAGCAAGAGUGAGUAUCCUCUUGAUGAUGGGAGACUAGUCAGUCGCUGGGAUCUCAUCAAACAAGCACUCAGCAGAACAAUCGCUAAUGUACAUGAUUUUGAAGAAGCUCUAUUGUCCUAUAACUCUCACUAUGCAAAGAGAUGGGGCUUCAAAGGACUAUACGUCUACUUUGAUGAGAUUUGCUCUGAAGAGGAAAGGGACGUGUUUUUCAAGCAGCUUCUACCUCGGAUAGUUAGCCUUGCCCUAAGUCUCCCUGACAUUGUAACACAUGCUGUACCGCUACUCAAGAAGCAGCAAGACUACUCCAUCACGCUGAGUCAACAACAGAUUGCUUGUCUCCUGGCCAACGCUUUUCUGUGUACAUUUCCUCGAAGAAACACAAUUCAAAGAAGUUCAGAAUAUGCCUCAUAUCCGUUUAUAAACUUUAACACUUUGUUUACUGCCAAUGCGAGGAAAUCCAUCAGUCAAGAUCGUGAGAACAAGCUGAGAUGUCUCUUUCACUAUUUCACUCGAGUGACGGCUAAAAUGCCCUGGGGGGUAGUGACGUUUGAGCGCCAGGUGUUGAAGGACCCCCCACACUGGGAGAGCAGCUCUACCCUCCUCACCAAGCUCCACGUCAUCUCAGAGGGUAGCAUAGAGGACAAAGGUCACGGCAUGUUACAGGUUGACUUUGCCAACAAGUACUUGGGAGGCGGUGUGUUAAACCGUGGCUGUGUGCAGGAGGAGAUACGGUUCCUGAUAUGUCCCGAGCUCCUCGCCUCUCUGCUAUUCACUGAGGAGCUGGAUGACAAUGAGAGCCUCCUCAUGACAGGCUCUGAGAGAUUCAGCAACUAUACGGGCUAUGCUAGCAGCUUUGAAUGGGCUGGUACUCAUAGAGACGAGACUACCAGGGACAGUUGGGCCAGGAUACAAACCAAAGUGGUUGCCAUUGAUGCUCUCAAGUUUAGCUCUAUUGGAGCCCAAUACAGACCAGACACCAUACGCAGAGAACUGAACAAGGCAUAUUGUGGAUUCAUGGAUGGACCCUACACUUCAUCUUGUGGGCAGAGCAUGGCUGUUGCCACAGGAAACUGGGGAUGUGGAGCCUUCAGGGGAGACCCCAGACUUAAGAGUGUUCUCCAGUUAAUGGCUGCCUCUGAGGCCAAGAGAGAUGUGGUGUACUUCACAUUUGGUGAUGAGAGACUACAAACAGACAUUGCCUCCCUCCAUGCUCUCAUCACUCGUAACAAAGUCACUGUUGGACAGAUGUGGAGUGCUCUAGUGAGGUACAGCUCGUACAGGACGCGGCGAGAUAGACCCAGUCUCCACUCAUACCUCCAUACUACAUUGGGAGCACCUCCUGCUGUCAUAGCAACCACCCAACCCACAAACACUGUAUAAUUAUAGAGAGCACAAAUUUCAUGCACUUGUUCCAUUUAUUGACAAAUUAAACUUUGUUCAUCAAUAAUAAUUUAUAUAAGAUCAUUA